AAAGAAUUUUCGUAUAUUAAGAAACACGCAAACAUUCUGGAAUAUUAAAAUGAGAUCUUGGUGGACAAAACAUGUCUCAAAGUCCAAUUUUGAUAGUGCUUCUGGGCAUUUUUUUCUUUAAUUUGCAUUAGCGCAGCAGAAAUCCCGCAGACUUGAAAGAAUGCUUGUAUUUCUGCAAAACAAACUUACCUUCCUGGAAAAUAAAGUGUGUAAAGAUGAAAAGUCAGAACAGAGAAUAAUUGAAAUUUCCGACAAAGUGGAAAUUUUGAAUAUUUCACAAAAGGAAACAACGCAAGAAGUCGACGAAUUGAAGCAGCAAAAUGCUGAAAAUAAAGUGAACAUAUCUGAAUUAUUCAAUAAGCUUGAACAUAUUCAAGGCAAAUUCAACAAAAUGAACGGGGCGGCUUUUCUCGAAUGUGGCGCAUGGGAACGGGUUGGCUUCUCAUGCUACAAGUUUUUUGAUGAAGAAGUGGAAUGGGAGGUGGCCGUUCAAAACUGCAAGUUAGAAGACGCCUAUCUUAUUGAAAUUGACAGUUCUAUUGAAAACACUUUCGCCGUGAACAUCGUGAAUCAAACAAAAACUAGAAAUGUUACGGAUACUAGUGACUCGAAGGAUGGGAAUAGUGGACCUUGGCUGGGUGCUUCCGACAAACAAACGGAGGGUAACUGGGUGUGGGAGUAUAGUGGACGAUAUCUCAAUAGAGGAUUUCAAGGUUGGCAUGAUAGAGAACCAAAUGGAAAAUCAAGAGAAAACUGUUUGCAUUUACUUGAGAAACAGGAUUAUAAGUGGAACGAUACACCGUGUGCUAGGAAGAACCCUUAUGUAUGUGAAAAACCCGUGACAGUGAAAUGACAAGUAAAAUAGGAUAUAGAUAUGUCUUUAAGCGUAAAGUUAAAAGAACAAUGUAAAUGAAUCAGCGCUAUUUGAUUUUAAGUCAGUGAGUGAUUAUCGUUUGUAGUCUUUGUAGACAUGUACUUAAAAGCGUUGAAUACAGCGAACAAAACUCAAAAUGAUGUAUAUACCUUUUUUUUUGUAAACAUUGAAUAUUGAGGUAGGCAAUAUAUUAUGAGGAAAAACCAAUCUUCAUUCUGUUAGAAACGUGUACACAUAUACAGCUUGAUUGUUUAAAGUUUGCUUCUAUGUUUAUUUUAUAUUAAUGAGCCGCGCCAUGAGAAAACCAACAUAGUGCAUUUGCGACAGUCUGGUCAGGAUCCAUGCUGUUCGCUUUCAAAGCCUAUUGAAAUUAGAGAAACCGUUAGCGAACAGCAUGGAUCCUGACCAGAAUGCACUAUGUUGGUUUUCUCGUGGUGCGGCUCAUUUUAUUCUAUGAAGCAUUCUAUCAAGCAUAUUGAGAUGGCAUGCGUCAUACAAUGUUGAAAUAAUUCUACUUACAUAUGGGAAACAUAUGUUUACCAGCAUUUUCAUGGUAAAUUGGCAAAAUGUGUUACUUCUAUGCCUCCAAAACAUCAUAAAGAAAGCUGUGAUAUGUAAUUAACGAAACAAAAAGAUAUGAUGGUCACAUUUCUUCAAGGAAUAAUUGUUUCUUACAUCUUAAUAUUUUUAUUUGUUAAGUAGGUAGACUUUAUUUUAAAGUCGUGACUGAAGAUUGAACGUACAAUGUCAGAAUCAAACUUUUAUUUGGUAUUUUUCUGUUAUGUUUUUGCUUUACAUUUCUGUUAGUAUUCAGAACUGUUUGACAUAGUAUUUGUGUAUUAAUUAUGUCACUAAACUAGAACAUCUACAUUG